AUGGCGACGAUCAGGAUCGCAGAUGCCGCGUACGCGGGAUAUGAGCCGGGACAGCCACUGUCCUGCGAUGAUGGAUCAUCUAUGGGCCCGGCUUUCUCCAAGUCGCAAUCGAUGGCCCGAUCUUAUCAAGAGGAAAUCCACGAGAGCAUCUACAAUAUCCGUUCUCGCUCCAGGAUAACGGAGCGGAUCAAUAGCAGGAUCUCGGCUGCGGAGCAGCCAGACGACGACCCAGGUUUGCGAAACCCGAGCGACUUCAAGCAGAGACAGGUAUUCAAAGGCAAGAUGCUGUUAUGGCUGGCAUAUCAAUCCGUGGGCGUGAUUUAUGGCGAUAUUGGCACCAGUCCACUCUACGUCUUCUCGUCCACCUUUUCGUCCCGUCCCUCUCGACAAGACCUGAUAGGCGCACUCUCCAUCAUUAUUUGGAGCCUGUUCAUGAUGGUGACUGUCAAGUAUGUGCUGGUGAUCCUUCAUGCCGAUAACGACGGCGAAGGUGGCACUUUCAGCACCUAUUCCCUUCUCAGCCGCUAUGCAAGUGCUCUUCGCUAUCUCUCCCUCGCAAAAGCUGACUGA